UUUCUGAUUGGUCGGGGGUGUUUUGCAAGCCCACCUCAUGUCUCCUGAACGCUGAAACAGACAAGUCAGCUUGGCAAAGAAAAUCUCCUUUCACAGUGCUGCUGCUGCAUGUCCGAUGAAAGGAUCUGCUGUGUUGCUACUGAGAUUUUUAUUCUGCCAUGGCUCUGCAGGGGUUUCUGCUUCUCUAUGCUAUGGUCAUCACUCUGGAAAUAGGUACUUCAUUUGCCAGGCUGGAAGACCUGCCCUGUGCCUCCUCGUGCACUGACAGUGACAAGUUGAGUUACCAGAAAGGAUCCAGGUAUACUUACAAGUACAGCACGGAGACGAGCACCUUUCUGCUGGAGAGCCGCUCUGCAAGCAGUGGAGUGGCCCUGGACAGCCUGGCUGACAUCGAGGUUCUUCACAAGUGCCUCAUGGUUUUAAAGCUGAGAAAUGUACAGAUCAAGAGGACAUCGACAAACAAAGAGGAGCCGAGCCAGGACCGGCUGAGAGAAUCCCUAGAGAAAUCCCCACUGCAGUUUUCCUUUCAAGAUGGGAAGAUUCCUGAGAUCUGCCCCUCAGUGGAUGAGCCCACCUGGGUGCUGAAUAUAAAGAGAGGGGUCCUGAGUGUGUUCCAGAACUCACACGCAGCGAGCAGAGAGGAGACCCUGGAGGAGACUGACGUGUCUGGCAGGUGCUUGACGAGCUAUGAAUGGAAAGGCCCCUCCCUGGUGAAGACUCGGGAUCUGAAGCGCUGUUCUCACAGAGGCCUGGCUGUCACCUCGCUGGACUCCGUCCCCCUGCCAGACAGUGCUGGGCAGCUCCUGGACUCCAGUCUGCAGUGUGUGCAGAGCUACAGGGAUGGGGUGAUGGAAGAGGCCUCCUGCACUGAAGUGAACCUCCUCAUUCCCUUUUCCCGGGAUGCAGGGGGUGCCCAAACGAAAACACUGUCUACAUUAAAACUGCUUCGAGUCCAGGAAGGGUUACCAACAAACAGAGAUGACUCCAGGGAGGUUUAUUCGAGCAGUCUGCUGUACGAGAGAGAGGAUGGACGGGAGACAGGGACAAGAGCAUCUACAGCAGAGCAGGCUGCCGAGACUGUGAGGAAGCUCUGUGUGACAAAGGGCCUGCAUUACGAGCAUGCAGAUCUCUUCGUGAGCCUGGUGUUCCAGCUUAGGGCCCUGUCUGCUGAAGCGCUCGGUGACCUCUGGCAGCGUGCGUCCUUCAGAUGCAGAGACAACUGGCAGCCCCUGGUGGAUGCUCUGCCAGCCUGCAGCUCUGAGGCCUGUGUGUCUCUGAUAGCGGAGCUCCUCCUGUCCCGGGAGAUGGAGGAGGAGAGAGCCACAUCUUUCCUCACGUCACUCACCUUCAUCCCACAGCCCACUGCCGGCAUGAUCACCACUUUGACUGCACUGUUGCGGUCACCCGAAGCCAGUCGGAGUGUUUUCCUGGGAGUGUCCUCGGUGGUACACACCUUCUGCUCUGCAGUGCAGCCUGCCUGUGCCAGCGUCCCUGAGGUGCUGGCCCUGAUGACGGUGCUUCGUGGGUAUCUGGAGGAGGACUGCGGCUCUGGCAGGAACCCUGAACAGCUCUCCCAGCUGCAGUCCGUGCUGAAGGCGGUGGGGAACGCAGGUCUGGCGGGUGCAGCUCUCACUCCUGCACUCAGCCGCUGCGCUGAGACCCAGACCGGCGCUGUGGAGCUGAGGCUCGCAGCCCUCGACGCAUUCCGACGCAUUCCCUGCAGCAGUGAUCGCUCUGUUCUGCUCCGGCUGUACCGCUCGCAGGAGGAGGAUGUGGAGGUCAGGAUCACUGCCUACCUACAGGCUAUGAGGUGUCCUAGCGAGGGGCUGCUGCAGGCUGUGAGCCAGGCUCAGAGCGAGGAAACGUCCAGCCAGGUUGGUGCCUUUGUGUGGAGCCACCUGUCUCAGCUCAUGGAGACGGAGGACCCGCUGAAAAGGGCAGUGAGAGACUCUCUUCCUGAUGACAUCAUCACUAAAGACUUUGACGCUGAGUCCUGGAAAUUCUCCUCCUACACUGACGCCACCUUCCAGUCAGGCUAUGGAGGUGCCAAUGUGGAGGCUGCAAUGGUCUUCUCCCCCAAGUCAUUUCUACCUCGCUCCGCAAUGGGUAACCUGACUGUCCACGUGCUGGGCAGAGCCAUCAACCUGCUAGAGGUCAAUAUCCGUGCUGAAAACAUUGAACCACUUGCUCAGAGGGUAUUUGGCCGUCAGCCCUUUGACUUUGGUGGAGAUCCUGUAACUGAGGAAGGCCAGAGAACGAAAGAAGACCCCACAGAGGCACCUCUGAGAGAGAAGAAAAAGAGAAACUCAGAGAGACACACAGAGGAAGAAGCUGCUGAAACCACACAGGGUCCUGGGAGGUCCCGAAACAGGAAAGCAAAGCAGCAGGGGUGUCAGCCUGGGGACUACAGCAAACUGAGCCAGAUAAAGGACAAGUUCACAGAGGGUGUGCAGAAGAGCGCGGAGCUCCGGUGUGGGCUGAGUGUGAAGAUCUUCGGCAAUGAGCUGAGCUUCCUCAACUGCGACGAUGUGAAGGACCAAGUGAAGCUGCUUUCUCUCAGUCUGGCUGAGAUUGCGCUCAAACUGUUAAAGGGUCAGGAGGUCCAGUAUAACAGGAGGCUGAGUCUGGCCUCUGAGGAGCUGACUGUCCCGUCCCUGUCAGGGCUGCCCAUCCGACUGGCUGUCAACGCGUCCGCUGCCAUUAGCCUCCGAGUUAAAGGAGCGGUCGACUUCAAACAGUGGUCAAACUUCUUCAUCAAUGGAUACAUCAAGCCAAAUGCCCUGGUGCGGGUGUCUGCUUGGCUGGGGGUCGAGGGUCAGUGCGGCCAGGCGGGGCUGGAGUGGGUGAGUGGCUUGAAGACCUCCACCAGCCUGGAUGGAGGGGUGCAGGUGAAGAGAGGGCAGGAUCUGAAGGUGUUCCUCAACACGCCAGAGGAAACCAUGGAAAUCUUCGACAUCAGCUCCAGGCUGUUCUUGUUGAGUGCGGAGGGGAGAGAGGAGCUAUCUGACCCUGCUGAGCGCACAGUAACAGCCUCCUGCACUGACCAAGAAUUGUCUAUGCUGAUUGGCUGGCAGUUGUGUUGCGAAGCUUCGUACCCCACUGGCACCUCCGCUGGGCCCCGCCCUCUGCCUGGUCCUAUGUCGGUGUCUGUCAGGCUGAAGAAGCUGGACAGAGCUCUGCAGCAGUACCUAUUUGAAGCUGCUUACUCCUUUGUGUCCAAGAAGGGCUCCCAAAUUCCCAGUGAAGCUGCCCUCCAUCUCUUUAUGGGCACCCCCAAAUCUGACGUCAACAGGGACCUGGCCAUUGACGUCCUCUUCCAUCACGCACAGAGAAGGCUUUCUGUCAAGCUUGUCCACCCCAAGAAGAACGUUCUUAUUGAAGGAAAAAUUGAUGUAGCCAAAUCAAUGCGCAGCGGUAAAUUGGAGCUUCUGCUUGACGACACAGAUCUCUACUACAUCAAGGGACGGACUGACUUGCAGACAGUAGCUGGAGAGCAGAGGUACCUGUCCCAGCUAGAAGCGAAAGUGACAAAGCAAGGCAACCCCAUCGUUCUGUCAGGCAAUGCCACCAAACUGCUGGGGAAGAAGAUGAAGGUCUCUGUGGCACUGACAAAUGUGCUCAAAGACACAGCUUCAGUCUUAGUUUUGUUUGAGCAGAAGGUGGAUGAGUGGCAGAGACAGUACUCCCUGGAGGCCGAGGCGAUCCUCCCAGGUCUGUUUGGGACCCAUGCCGUCGGCAUGCUGCAGCAGAAAGGCCCCAUCUGGACCACCGCACUGAGGCUGCGAUAUGGCCUGCUCGGUGAUGCAAGGAGUCUUCAUCAUGAGUGCAACAUCGCUCAGAAACUCAGGAGGGACGGUGGCUUGGAGGACACAUACCGACUGGAGGCAGAGCACGAGCUGUACUGCUCUCACAUCACUGCAUACAACCACAAGGUCAAGCUGAAGCACGAGGAGAGUGCAGCUCACACCGAGUCCACUCUGCAUGUGAGCUAUGGGAAGCACUGGGAUGAGAUCAACAACAAGAGGCGACUGCUCCUCAGCCAGACCUUCAAGAACCGCUCCAAGCCUGCGCUCACUAACUACUUCAUGGAGUUCAGCCUGCAGUUACCUGAGCGGCAGGUGAGCUACAGGACGCAGCUGCAGCACACCCACCUGCAGCAGGGCCACCUGGAGAGCAGUACCCACCUCAAGGUGCACUACAACGACAAGAUGCCCUUCGUGGCCGGGCUGCACUGGAGAGACAGCUCCAAACCCCUGCUCAGGAAAUGGGAAGGCUCCUUGAACAUGGACACGCCAUGGCUGUAUUUGUACGCAGCCCACAGGCUGAACCAGCCCCAGCGGCACACAUAUCAGACCAGUUCUGAGCUCACCGCAGGCAAGGCCGUGUCCAUCAAGAACCUGGUGAUGGAGACCUUCUAUAAGGACAAAGGCAAGGAGAAAGAGGGCCGGAUCCAUGUGUACACCCCGACCGCCACCUAUCUCAAGGUGUCCACAUCCUUUCACGUUGGGGCAAGUGUCUUCCGGAGUGCUAGUGAAGUGACCUCUCUGUGGAACCAGCUGCUGAAAAAUGAAAUCUACCUGGAUAACAGUGCCAAGAGCAGGUCCCUUCUGUUCAAGCUGAAGAACCCCAAGCAAGAGUUCAACAUCACAGCAGCGCUGAUGGUGCAGGAGGAGAAACUGAAGAAGAGGAACGUGACGCUGAGGAUGGUGCUCGCAGAUCACAAGAGCCCCCCUGCAGUGCUGCAUCUGCUGGGCCAGGUCGAGGAACUGCGCAGAGAGAAGACGCUCUACCAGAAACGAGGAACACUGCACUUCAGGCAUCCAUUUAAGCUCCUGAUCCCCCAGAACAUUGUCCUUCACGAGACCUUCACUGUGGACACGGAGAGGAAGCACUAUGUGUUGGAGACCAGGGCAGUGUUGGACGAGAAUGAAGAGACAGUUCAGACACUCACACUCGGUUAUCAGCCUGAAAACCCUUAUGUGUGCGCUGGCCUGGUUCACCCUUACAGUGCUGAGAUAGUGCCAAAGAAUACCGAAGUGUGCAUCAGAACCAAGACUGAUCAGAAUAGCCUAUAUGAAGCUGAAGCCACAGUGAGAAUCAAUAAGAAGGACAGCCUGAGUGUCCUGGGCAGGUACCAGAACAGAUCCUCCAAGACAGAGAUUUGGCAUGGGGUGCAGCUCAACAUGACUCACCUGUUCCAGUUAAAAUCCUCCCAGGCUUUGAGCCUCAAGAGCGAGCUGUUUUCAAAACCCACUAAGACCGACUGGUUCAGCUAUGGAGUCACUGGAAAAGCUAUUGUCAAUAAACAUGAUGUGUCUCAGUUUAACAUCCAGCUGAAUGGCUCGUCAAAUGAAGUUGGCCUCUAUUCAUUGUUCAGUCACCCCUAUCAGUCCAAAAUCCCUCACGCCCUCCAGGCCUAUGCCAGAGUGAAGCUCUAUGGGGAGAGCAAUGCCAACGGCUCCCUUUACCUUCAGAGCAAUGGCAAAGACACAGCCAUGCUGGAAGUGGAUCUCAUGAAUGAAAGCAAGAAAAACCUGAGGCUGAUUGGAGCCAAGGUGCACCUUCAUCAGACGCUGCUCCCCCGAUUUGAGGAUGUGUAUUUACAGCUAACUGGGGAGGCAUCUGCUUCAAGGGUGUCCUUGCUGUCCAGUGUCCAGCUGGGUGACCAAGCUCUCCAGGUGGAUCUCUCCGGGUUCAAGGACCAGAGAGCAGGACUAAGCGCGUCGGUCAGUGGCAGGGUCCAGCACAACAUGGAAAGCCUGCCAUUGCUGCCCCCUGUCCUGGGGCUGGACGGAUCAUUGAAACACCAAGACAACCUCAGCGAAGGUGACCUGACUGUCAAAGUGAGCGAUGCCCUGUAUGAAGUGAAGCUGUGGAACCGCAAUGUGUUUGUGGGUGGCGCCCUGCAGUGUGACAUCUCCACCUCUCUCACGCAGAACGGCAGUGCGUGGGGGCCGGCGCGAGCCAAGGUGGAGGGGAGGCUGGGGCAAGGGCAGGUGGUGGGCUGGAGCGAUGGCAGGCUGUGUGUCCAGGCUGAAUCCAGAGGCUUGUGUCUCAACCUCUCCAGCAGUCUGCAGCCAGAGCACACCGGGGUCAAGGCAGAGCUCACACACUCCGUCCCCGAGUUCAGCGUGGCCGGCCUCCCCUCAGAGGGCACUCUGUCAGUCAACUACGAUCAGGGGGCCCUCAAUCGCUCCGGGGCAGUGGAGCUGAGGGCAGGAGGGCGCAGUCUGGUGGCUCGGGUGGAGGUGGGGAGGAUGUCGGUCGUGUCCCCUAGAUGGCAGCUUCUCUCCAGCCUGAACCACGACAGCGAGGGGCUAAGGAGACAGGGCUUACCCCACUCUGCACAGGGAACCGGCUACUAUCAGAACGGGGCUGCUGGCCUCCUGGCUGGACUCUCUGUGAGUGUGGAGAAGCAGCACUUCAACCUGGAGUUGGAGAAGAGGAGCAACGACAGUGCAGCACAGAUCGCUGUAUCCCUGAGCCACCACAUGGGGGCAAUAUCUCAGGUCAUACCCACAGCUCUGCAGCGCUUGCAGGUGAACUGCUCUGGAGAGGCGACGGCAGACAGCCUGGCUGCUCAUUGCUCUGGAGCCACAGCCAGCAGGCCCCUUGAGGUACGAGCUUCCUUCUUAAAGAGACCCCAUGGACUCUGCAGCAACCUAGAACUGCAUUACCAGCGAGACUCACUCAGGCUAGAGGGCUGCUACAACAGCAAAAACAAAAGUGACCUGGCAGCCAGUCUGGUUCACACCUCCAGGUAUUUACAGUCAUUAAACAUCCCCACGGACUCACGCCUUACGGCAUUUCUGAAACAAAAGCCAGACAGGUGCGUGGCAGUCUUCAAUCUGUCAGCAGGGAACUCUGGACUCUUUACCACUGGAGAAUUGUUAGUCAAGCCCAGUUACAAGUGGCGCUGGCUUGUCUCUCACUCAGCCCUGAGUAGCUCUGUCCCCCAGGAGACUGCAGAGUUCUGGGGCUUUGUCAGGCCAGAGCGGUGUAAUUUCUUUGCCGAUAUCAGGGCCUCUUGUAGCAAGGCAGCUGCCACUUUAAACGUCAGAACUAAGUGCAGAAACUCACGUAGCGUUCACGUAAAAUGGGCUCACAUUACCGAAAGAACCCAAAAAAAACCUAAACGGUUUUCUAUCACACUAGAUGCGGAGGCCAAGAAAAAUAUGUACACAGGUAUUGUAGGGGUUGAGAACAAGCAGGAUUCCCUGAGUAGCAGUGCCUCUUUCAUAAUGGUGAAGAACAAAGCUGUCUUAAACUGGACUUUGCUGCACAAGUGGAAAGCACUGGAGAGACUGUCUGUUCCUAGGAGUGCUAGCCUGGGGGGCUCAGUGAAAGUGAGCAACACCUCGCUGGAGGCAGGGAUUCAGGCUGCCCUGAACGGGAGGCCAGUCCAUGUGGACAUGGUGUCUGUCUGGGGAAAGCGGGCCACAGUCAGGGUGGUGUUCCACCAUGCCCUGCCCCUGUGGAGCAAGGCAGGGAUACCAGAGGACAGACAGCUGACCAUGGCAGCCACGUUUGGACACGGAGAUGACCUGAGGCUGGACGUGGUCAGCGCACCCUGUAAUGUCUCUGUUCGGGGGUCACUGAGCAGGGGGCUCAUGAAGAAGUGGAGCCUGACGGUCCUCAAGCAGUGCCCCUCCUUCCAGAACCCAGCGCUGACCAGGUUUUCUGUUAACGCGUCAAUGCUUAGUAGGGACUGCACGGCCCACUUCAUGACCCGCUUGGAGACCGAAGGAGAUCGACACGCAGCUCUGAGCCUGCACGCUGCCUGUGCCCCUCGACACCAGCUGAGUGUGGAGCUGGGGCACUCCCUGCCUCUGCUACAGGCCCUGGGGGUCCCCACAGAGAACAAGCUGGCCCUCACCGCAGGCUCCGGGGCUCUCCUGGACAUCACACUGGGGCAGUGCAGCUUCAGAGUGAGGGGUGACAUCAACAUGAGUGCCAGCACAGACCAGCAAGCACAGACAGGCUGGGCAGCCGACUGGACCAACACAUGCCCUAUGCUGCAGCGGGCGGGCCUGCCUCACAGCUUGGCGGCAGGGGCCUCCCUCAGUGUGGGCAACUGCCUCUCAAACCUCACCGUGAACCUGCAGUUUGAUGGGAAGGCAGCUGGGCUGCAGCUGGACGCCGCCUGUGAGCCCCGGUACGGCCUGCAUGGGGUGUUCAGACACUCCAUCCCCCUGCUCUACCAGCAAGGCCUGCCCCAGGACAGCCAGCUCACCGUCUCCGCUGCCAGGGGGCCCAGGGCCGGAGGGACAGUGCUGCUGCAGGCAGGGAAGUGCAGGAUCAGGGCCAGCGGAGACCUGAAGCCUGGCAAGAGGAGCGAGUGGACGUGGGCGACGGAAACGACGUGCCAGCUUAUAAAGGGGGUCACUCUUCCCGCUCACUCCCAGUUCAAUGGCUCGGUGGCGUUGGACGGCUGUCGCGCUGAGCUCCUCGCUGACAUGCUGCUAGAUGGGGACUCUGCCUCUCUGGAGCUGCGGUCAGACUGCAGUCCCCGGCUCAGCCUGGAGGGGGUGUUCAGACACAGCAUGCCCACGAUGCAGGGUGUACCCCUGGAGAACAGGCUCCUGGUCACUGCGGGUAAGCAGACUGUAAGGUACGAGGCCAGCGUGGAGCUGGCAUCAGGGACCUGUGAACUACAGGCUAGCGGAGACCUCCAGCUUGAAAAUAUAAUCCAGUGGAAAUUCCUGAUGGAGAACAAGUGCAAGCGACUUCAGGAUCUGGGGACCCCAGUGAAAGCAGGUGGAUCUGGGUUCUUCGUGCUAAACAGGGUAAACCUGGAUUCACGGAUGUUGAUUAAUAUCGACGAGGCCAGAUUACAGGGGCAUCUGACUCUCAAGGCGAUUGAUUUCAAGCAGGAGCUGGAAGCCACGCUGACACACAAUGUCCAGGCUGUGGCCGGCAUUGGGAUUCCAGGCAGCAUGGUGUUGGCAGUGACCUCUGAGAGGAGUGGAGACAUCUACAAGAGGUUCAUCAAGCUCAGCGUGGACAGCAAGCAGAUAACCGAAGAGCUGAGCAUUGUCAGGAAGCUGGACCAGAUGACAGCAAGCUACCUGCUGUCUCACAAUGUAGACACUCUGCGGACGUGGAUAAUAGACGACAGGACUGAGCUGCAGGCAAAGCUGGACUGGAAGGAAGUGAAGGUCUUCACCCUGCACUCGCAGUGCGGAGCUCGACUCGCCAUCCUGAGAGUCCAAGUGAAGAACACGCCCAUGAGAAAUGACAUCACCGCUAGUUUCCGGCACACCUGGCCACACCUCCUGGAGUCUGGGCUGCCAGGCUCUGCUGAGGUUCUAUGUUACCUUCAGGGUUCAGUUCCCAACAUCGAGUCAUCGGCACGCAUCACAGUCAGUGGGGACAGAUCCAUUUCCUAUACCCUGAACAUGAGCACGCCGGGACUGCGACACUUCCAUUUCCUCUUCAGAAACACACACAACAGCCAGAGCUUACAGGCUGCAGGCUACCCAAAGACACUAGAGACUGCGUUCACACUGCAAAACCAGGAUCCUAAAAUCAAGACAGCGUUGGAGGUCCAGGUGGAUGGCAAGCAUGUAAAAGUCUGGGUCAGUGCGGUAGAGAGUUUGCAAAGGGACAGCCCCCUGGAGGUUAGCGCUGAGUUACAGCACUCUGCACCCCUCCUCAAACAGCUUGGGCUGCCCCUUCACUUGAAGGUGGAGGGUUGGGGGCAGGCGAGGGACGCUGAUUUAGAUGGAUCCCUGAAACUGAGCUGUGAACCAAAUUCAAGCUUCAUCGUGAUGGUGGAAGGGAAGAAUCAACUGCUAAGCAAGGUGUUACGCGUGAAGGCAAUGCACAACAUCCCCAUGGUCCGGCACUAUCUUCCUCACAGCUUUGAUAUCAACACAAAGUUAAACUACUCCAGCAACGACAUCAAGGGGAAAGUGGACCUCAUCUUGGACAGAAGGGACCUGCACGUGACUGCUGCUUUAACAAUGAGGGAGUCUGGCUAUGAGGAAGUCCUGGAGAUCUCUCACACAUUCCCACAGCUGAAGUUUGUUCCAAAAAGUGUCGAAGUCACAACCUCGUUCCAAAGAAACAGCAACACUCACACUCUGCACCAUGUGACGCUGUGGGAAGGCAAGGAACUGAAGCUCACAGCCACGUACACGGGGCAGUUCCUCAAGGGGUCUGGGGCACCUGAGCUGCAAGUGGAGAUCUCUCAUCCUUUCUUCAUCCAGUGGCCCCGUCAGUCCACCCUGCAUGUCCACAUGGACCAUGCUGUCCACUCUCACCUGGACAAGAUCGUCCUCGGCUGGAGUGGCAAAGAUCAGGUUGUUCUUCUGUGCUCACUGAACUACGGCAAGGGUCGUGUGGAAAGCAGAGUGACUCUGAGACACCCCUUCAGAUUGGCCCUGUGGCACCUGGAGUUCCAGUACAACUCCGAGGGACAAGCGGGGAGAUACACCCACGAGACUCAGGUUUCCUGGAAUGAGGGGCUUCCUGUAGGAGUAAGGAUUUCCCUGCAGGAUCAGUCAGUGACCAACGCCACAGUGUGGGAUACCUGCGUCACCCUCUCACCUGGACAGCUGCAGUCUGCCCUGGCCCUGGUUGCACUGCAGGGCUGUGGAUCAGUGUCCCGUGGGGAGAGCUCCUUCACUGAGACACUAGAGCUGGAGUGGGACACCAAGAAGAUCCGCCAGAGCCUCAAACACCAGAAGAGCAGCAAAGCAGGAGCCGAUAUUUUGCAGCUGGACUUGUUCCUGGAGAACAUUUUCCAGACCUCGUGCUCCAAUCAGAGGAUCGAGGGGCGAGUGGAGACCAACUACCGGUACCAGCUAGAGCACCACCUCAACCUGGGGCUCUGCCACCCCCAUACUCUGAUCACAGUUUCUGGGAAACACCAUGUAAGUCGGGGAGAACUUCUCUUGCGCUCCGAGACCCGAGUGUCAGUGUCCAGCAGCGGACAAGAGGACAGCCACAGCGCCCUCAUAGUGACAGCAAGGAACCAUGGCUCGCCAGGGGUCAAGAACUACUCCAUAGAGGUGGAGCUGCAGGGCUGUGCUGAUGUGCAGCUGGUCCUGGCAGGCAAGCUGACCUCCUCACUCCUCCAGAACCACAUCCUGCUGGUGGGGAGCCUGGACCACCGGGACAGGGUCACGCUGUGGGUCUUGCGGGACAGCCGGUGUCUACAGGCCUUCGCCGGCUACACCAACGGGGAGGUGGGUGAGGACGGCCUGGAGCUGUCUGUCUGUUCAGAGGGACAACGGCAGUUUGAGGUGGACGUGUCUCGCUGUGUGGACAGGGUGAAACAGGGGACUCUGGGACACGUCUCUCUCAGUCUGGUGAAUGGGAGUUUGAACCUGUGGGCACAGGGAAGCAGAGAGGGCCUGCAAACAGCCGAGGCCAGACUUGCUGAGGUUUCUUCCCAGCUGAAGACCAGGCUCCUGGACAAGAGCAGGCAGCUGGAGAGCAAGCUGCUGGAGCUCAGGAGAGACGUGCAGCACACUGACUUGCUGUUGGAGCUGUCUGGAUAUCCUCUCCGGCUGACUCAGGCAGCAGGCAGGCUGGUCGAGAACUCGGGCCGGGCUGGCUCACCGGCGUGGGGGCAGAGCUGGCUCAGAGACGCCCUCACACAGGGGCUGCCGCGCUACCUCCAGAGGAUUCAGAAGACACUGCAGCAGAUGCAGGAUGAGCUGAAAAGGCCACUGGGCACUCUGAAGGACGCCUAUCAGGACGUGACUCUGAGGGCCCUGGACGAGGUGUGGAGGGAGUGGGUGCAUGAAGUCCUGGGGGGGCUGGAGUCCCGACUACCCGUCCUCAUCAAGGAGGUGUGGCUGAGGCAGCACAUCCACGGAGCACUGCAGCUCCUCACCAGGGGCCUGGACACGGCUGCACAGCAGGUGCUGAAGUGGACCGAUACAAAGCUGUCCAGGGCUGUGAGCAGGAUCCGGAAAUCUCUGGCAGAGCUCUACAGAUACACAGCCAGUAAUGGCACGGUGGCAGUGAGGCUGCCCGUGCUGCCUGGAGGGGAUGCUGAGCUGAGCCUGUCCAACAUCACUGCCUUCCUGCUGGAGGAGAGGCUGAUGAGACCCCUGAGGGAGCUGGGCAGCCUGAGCCCUGCCGCGGAAUACUACCGACUCAAGAGGAGGAUGAUGGAGAGCCCCUUCGAACACCAUGCCGUGCUGAUAGAGGGGCGCUUUGUUGUGUCGUUCGAUGGGAAGGUGUUUGAGGUGGCAGGGAAGUGCAGUGCGGUCCUGGCCCAGGAUUUCACUCGGGACAGCUUCACUGUGCUGCUGAGGCAGGAGCCAGGGGGGAGACGAUCUCUACACCUGGAGAUGAACCAGACUGCCGUCACCAUCCUGCCUGGCCCGCGGGUGGAGGUGGCCUGUAGCCCAGCUGACUUGCCCCUGGUCAAAAAUGGAGUGACUGUCAGAAAAGACGGCAAUCAAAUCACGAUGACAAAUCAGAACGGGGUGACCGUGUCAUGUGACAAGCACCACAGCUUCUGUACCCUGACUCUGAGUGGCUGGCAGCAUGGAGUCUCAGCUGGCCUUUUCGGGACCAAUGACAAUGAAGCUGCGAAUGAGUUCACUCAGCCUGACCACUCCCACACAGACAGUAUCCCACACUUUAUCCAGAGCUGGCAGGUCGGAUCUCAGUGUCGUUCGAACAGCAAGAAGCCCAAGAGCUGCCCAGCUGCAGUGAGCCAGCACACCUGCAAAGCUCUCUUCAGAGAUGCCUACUCCCCCCUGAGGAACUGUUUCAGAGUGGUGGACCCGGCUCCAUUCUAUAAACUGUGUAUAAGCAGCACAUGCAGGCCCAACGCAGACAGGACCUCCUGCAGCCUGACAGCUGCCUUUGUCCAUCUUUGUAACAGGAACCUGGUGCCUCUGGACAUUCCAUCCAAGUGUGUGUAGAUGCUGCCUGGGGCAGGAAGCAGGGGGAGGGGAUGGGGGGGUCUCUCUCAUAAUAAAAGGGAGGUACACCUCAACUCCUCCCUCACUAACCCCCGACGUCUCCUACGAGCUGGACUGAACAACACCAUACAGAGGCAGUGACUGCAGCACAAGCUGUCUGAUAAAACCAGGGCUGGGGGUUGAGGCUGGUCUUACAUUGAAGAUGAGGGUUUGUGCGUGCGUGCAUGCUGCAUGAGUGUGUGUGUGUGUGUGUGUGUUCAGGUAUAUGAGUUACAUGUUUAGCUCCUGCCUCUUACCAUAUAGAAGUCUAUAUAAAAUUACUGGUGACCAACGGCAGCUGCAGGUUGAUGCAAUACCUAUAUGCAGUGGGGUAUUUAAUUAAUUGACAACUGAAAGCAUAACAAAUUAACUAGGAUUCAUUUGCCCCGGUUCAACCCCCUGCUUGACACUAAUGGUGUUCACUGGACAUUAGCCCUAACCCUGCCUGUGCUUCUACUAAAGGAAGGGUCAUGCACAGGAUUUACAAAGCCUUAGCUCCAGUAUAAAAUAGAAAAUAUAGACAAUGACUGGUUGUACACAAGGAUACAUGUUUGAGAAACGAAUAGGUGAUGCACACAAAUGAAGUCCAGGGGUUUAUUCCAGCAGAUAGCGCUGAAAUCUAACUGUGUGCAGUUUAUAUAGUCUUGCUUGUUGACCAAGAACAGAAAACCCCUAAAGCUUCUCAUUAAAACCUAUUUUUAAAAGUCUGUAUUGUGUUUGUGAUCCGAGUUGCUCCUGAACUUUUAGACCGGUUCUGUUGUUGUUGUUGUUGUUUUUGUUUAAAUGUGUUCUCCUAGCUCCUCUGCCCCCGGGAGUCUGGGGGUUGUCUGUAUUAAUGGGUGGACAGGGUUUGAUUUGAUAUAUACCUCUUCAAUCUGUCAUGCACUUUCUUUUAUCUGUGUUGAACUGAAAUAAAAGCUGAAA